AUGGCUCACACAGGCGCCUUCUCCUGCCUUCUGCUCUCCUGGCUGCUGGCGGCUGUGGCGGAAGGACAGGACACUCCUCCCGGAGUGGACCCGACAGACUGCCAGAUCUUCACCCUCACUCCUCCGCCCGUCACAAGGCACCCAGUGACAAGGUUCCCGCCCAUUAUCAGGACACCCAAGUGUCCCAUCCAUUUUUUUCCACCGCAAAGGCCCAGAGUCCACGUUCCAUUUCCCUUUCCAAACAGACCUUUUGUGCCUCCCAGGUGCAACCACCGUGUUCACUUCCAGCCAGUUUGGAGACCACAGAAUCGCCUUCCUCCUCGUUAUAACUAUUUCCCCAUAAGGCAGCUCCAGAAAGGAAGCUCCUCUGAGGAGAGCAGGGAGAAAAGAGAAGCCCCUCGCAAGCUGAAGCAGAAGAAACGAAUGCUUCAGAAAAGGCUAAAAUGAAGACCUUUGUUUUCUAUGCUCAAACUAAAACUACUGGAUUUGAAGAUUAAGAAUAUUUUGUUUGGGGGCGGGAGCAAUAGUACAGCAGACAAGACCUUGCAUGUGGCCAACCUGGGUUGCAUCCUCUGUAUCCCAAAUGGUCCUCUGAGCACGCCAGGAGUAAUUCCUGAGUGCAGAGCUA